GAUGUUUCUUCGAUCCAGCUUCUUCCCACCCGUAAUAACCCUUAAAAACUCAACUCCUCGGAUCCUCCGAUUGUAGCACAGAUUCUCUGAAAGCCCUUUUUCUUUUAUAAACAAAGUUUGGUAUGAUGGAUGAAUCAAAUGAGAUCAUCCUGCAAAAAUCAAAGAGGCUGACGUCUGUCGUGUGGAACUACUUUGAGAGGGUGAGAAAGGCUGAUGUCUGCUACGCUGUUUGCAUUCAGUGCAACAAGAAACUCAGCGGUUCCAGCAACAGCGGGACGACUCACCUCCGGAACCAUCUAAUGCGCUGUCUCAAAAGAACCAACCACGACAUGUCUCAGCUUCUGACUCCCAAGAGGAGGAAGAAGGAGAAUCCAGUGACAGUUGCUACCAUCGGUUUCGAUGAGAGUCAACCUAAAGACGGUUACAUCAGGCCUAAUAAGUUUGAUCAGGAGCAGCGUAGAGGGGAUGAGAUUGUUAUGAGCAGAGGAAGCGGCGGAGGAGGAGGAGGAGGAAGGUUUAGUCAAGAAAGGAGUCAGGUUGAUCUUGCACGUAUGAUUAUACUGCACGGUUACCCAUUAUCUAUGGUUGAUCAUGUUGGCUUCAAAGUGUUUGCUAGGAAUCUCCAGCCCUUGUUCGAACCUGUGGCUAACACCACCAUUGAGGAAACGUGUAUGGAGAUUUACAUUAGAGAGAAGCAGAGAGUUCAACACGCCCUGAGUAACUUAUACGGUAAGAUCAAUCUCUCGGUGGAGAUGUGGUCUUCCAGAGACAAUGCUAGCUACGUGUGUCUAGCCUCUCAUUACAUCGACGAGGAGUGGAGGCUGCAGAGGACCGUUCUCAACUUCAUCACCUUGGAUCCUUCUCACACUGAAGACAUGCUCUCGGAAGUAAUCAUCAGGUGUUUGAUGGAGUGGAGCCUCGAGAGCAAGCUUUUCGCCGUGACCUUUGAUAGUUUCUCUGUUAGCGAUGAGAUCGUCCUGAGGAUUAAAGACCACAUGUCUCAGAGCAGCCAGGUCUUGAUCAACGGACAGUUAUUCGAGAUGAGAUCCGCCGCGCAUCUUCUGAACGCUAUUGUGCAAGACUGCUUGGAAGCUAUGAGAGACGUUAUCCAGAAGAUUCGUGGAAGCGUGAGAUACGUCAAGAGCUCGCAGUCAACGCAAGCGAGGUUCAACGAGAUCGCUCAGCUCGCGGGAAUCAACUCCGAGAAGGUGUUAGUUUUUGAUUCUCUCGCUAGUUGGAACUCGACUUAUGAGAUGCUUGAAACCGUUCUGGAGUACAAGGGCGCGUUUUGCCACUUGCGUGAUCACGACCAAGGGUUUGAUUCAUCGCUGACCGACGAGGAGUGGGAGUGGACGAGAUCCGUCGCUGGUUAUCUCAAGCUUGUGUUCGAGAUCGCUGCUGAUUUUUCGGGGAACAAGUGUCCUACAGCGAAUGUAUACUUUGCCGAGAUGUGCGACAUCCACAUCCAGCUGAUCGAAUGGUGCAAGAGCCACGACAGUUUCUUGAGUUCUCUGGCCGGGAAGAUGAAGGCGAAGUUCGACGAGUACUGGAACAAAUGCAGCCUAGUGUUAGCGAUCGUUGCUAUUUUAGAUCCAAGGUUCAAGAUGAAGCUGGUGGAGUAUUACUACUCGAAGAUCUACGGCAGCACGGCUCUGGACCGUAUCAAGGAAGUGUCGAACGGUGUCAAGGAGCUUCUCGAUGCGUACUCGAUCUGCUCAGCUAUUGGUGAUGACUCUUCCUUCUCUGGUGGCUCAGGGUUAGGUAGAGGUGGUAUGGACGCUAGAGACAGACUGAAAGGAUUCGACAAGUUUCUCCACGAGACUUCUCAGAACCAGAACACAACGUCUGAUUUGGACAAGUACUUGUCUGAGCCUAUCUUUCCCCGUAGCGGCGAGUUCAACAUUUUGAACUACUGGAAGGUUCAUACGCCGAGGUACCCUGUUCUCUCUAUGAUGGCACGUGAUAUUCUUGGGACGCCUAUGUCAAUCCUUGGGGCUGAUUCGGCGUUUGACUCUGGGAGACCGGUGAUUGAUGAUAGUAAGAGUUCAUUGAACCCUGAUAUUAGGCAAGCUUUGUUCUGUGCACAUGAUUGGUUGUCUACAGAGGCAGAAGAAGUUCAACCAUUGUCUAGACAAUAUGCUCAAGCUCUGUGAAAGAGAACAACAAGUUCAAGGUAUGGUGAAGAUUUGAAGUACAGAGUUUUAAUCUAUAGUUUGCAAUUUCUAUUUAUGCAUUAGAAAGAUUAAAUUUAUGAGAGACAAUUGUUACAUUGUUCUUGUAACAAAAAUAAUACUCAAGUUUAAAAGCAAAGGGAAACAAGUUAAAGCA